AUGAAUACGUUUACACUGCUUCUAAAAGGUUGUCAUGCAGGCCAAGCCAGCAUCACUCCAACCAAGGCCAAGGUUGACGGGAAGGGGGACGGGGGACGUUACCGCGGGCUUAACGCACCGCGCGAGCCCGCACCGACCAUUCUGCACCUCGCAGUCGACUCUGACGGUAGUACAAGCGCAAGAAAAGCCGCAGCAAUGGUGGACGCCGCAACUAUCGAGAAGUUAGAGGCUGGUUACAGCAAGCUUGCUGCUUCCGACUCGAAGUCACUGCUGAAGAAGUAUCUGACCAGGGAGGUCUUCGAUGCUCUAAAGAACAAGAAAACUUCCUUCGGAUCAACCCUUCUGGAUUGCGUCCAGUCUGGUUUUGAGAACCACGACUCUGGUGUCGGAAUCUACGCCCCUGAUGCUGAGGCGUACACAGUCUUCGCUGAUCUGUUCGAUCCUAUCAUCGAAGAUUACCACAAUGGUUUCAAGAAAACCGACAAGCACCCACCUAAGAACUGGGGUGAUGUGGAAACCUUCGGCCAGCUCGACCCCGCUGGCGAAUACGUCAUUUCUACUCGCGUUCGUUGUGGUCGCUCCAUGGAGGGCUACCCCUUCAACCCCUGCCUGACCGAGGCCCAAUAUAAGGAAAUGGAAGAGAAAGUUGCCAGCACUCUCAGUGGCCUUGAAGGCGAACUCAAAGGCACCUUCUACCCUCUUACUGGCAUGUCCAAGGAGGUCCAACAGCAGCUCAUUGACGACCACUUCCUGUUUAAGGAGGGUGAUCGUUUCCUCCAGGCUGCUAACGCUUGCCGCUUCUGGCCCUCAGGCCGUGGUAUCUACCACAAUGAGAACAAGACCUUCCUGGUCUGGUGCAACGAAGAAGACCAUCUCCGUCUCAUCUCCAUGCAGAUGGGUGGUGACUUGAAGCAGGUGUACAAGAGGCUGGUCACUGCUGUCAAUGACAUUGAAAAGAGGAUUCCCUUCUCACACGAUGACAGGCUUGGCUUCCUGACCUUCUGCCCUACCAACCUUGGAACCACAGUCCGCGCAUCCGUGCACAUCAAAGUGCCCAAGCUAGCAGCCGACAAGGCCAAGCUGGAGGAAAUCGCGUCCAAAUACCACUUGCAAGUCCGCGGUACCCGCGGUGAGCACACAGAGGCUGAGGGCGGAGUCUACGACAUCUCCAACAAGAGGCGUAUGGGUCUCACCGAGUACGACGCCGUCAAGGAAAUGUACGAUGGCAUCGCUGAACUGAUCAAGAUUGAGAAGUCGCUGUAA